CGUAAAUACUCGGGGACUGAGUCUGUGAGAGGGGAGCUGGUGGGUACAAAGAGGAGGCAGGGGUGUGACAGAAGCACACUGUUCCUUUUAAGCUGCACAGUGUCCAGGCUGAUUACUGACUUCCAGAAUGAAGAUGGAAUCUGCAAACAUAAGACACUUGAAAACCAGAAGUGCACUUUGCAUAUUGUGUGUGGGAUGUUGCGAGUCUCAAGGCUGCCAGUAAUAGACAGAUGCAGCAAACCCAACUUUACAAUUGAAAAUGUUGAUAUGAGCGAAAUAAUGGAAACACAGUUUGAAGUUGGUCGGAAGCUGCGAUUGAAGUGCCAGAGGGGUUAUAAGAGAAUGGCAGGAACAUCCAGCCUCAUCAAGUGUCAGUAUAUCUCCGAAUUUGCCAACUGGACAAAGCCCAUACUCCAGUGCAUAAGGAUAGGUGGUGCUCAAUCACCAGCACCAAGCAAUUCAUCAGCUGAGGUCCCUGAGGAAUUGACUCCUACCAUCCAUGGCACUUCAGCAAUGACAUCAUUAGCAACAUCUGUAAAGCCGACAGCAUUAACAACAUCUGUAGAACCUACAUCUGUAGAGCCAGCAAAACCGGGAACCACUGCAGAUCAUUAUACAUCAACUAUGGACAUUACAGUCACCUCAGGAAGCCACUUAUCAGCAGCACUGACAACAGUAACAAGAGCAGCAGCAGAGGCAGCAACCCUGACCACUGCAACAAGAUCAAUUUCAAUCUCCAGCCAAACCUCCUCCAGCACUCCAUUAACAACUGAUACCUCAGACAAAGGACUGAGACCCUUAAAUAUGACAUGGAGAACAGUAAUGCCAUCAGCAUCAAGUGGCUCAACAGCUGGAACAGAAUCCACAGCAGCAGUGCCCCCAGACAGAAAACAGAGAACAACAGCUGGAACAACAAUCACAUUCAUUAGUAGCAGCACCUCAGGAAUGGAAGCAGUAACAACCAGGAAAACUCUGACAGAAAGAACAGUAAUUUCUUCUACACCAACAGAAACAACUUCUGACUUUGCCUCCACUGUUACUACCACAGGCAUCAAUCAAACAGUGAAUGCUGGAAAAAACAUUGGAUUAGUCAUCGGGACCAGCACAGGCAGCUUGUUUGUCAUUUUCCUGGUUAUUCUGUUCUUCGUUUGGCUAUUGGUUUGCAAAAACAGAAUUUCCUGCCCCAGGUUGCGGGCUGCUGAGUAUGAAUUGACACCGGUGGAAUCAAUUGAUGUUCCAACAGUGGUGAAUGCAAAUGAAACUAAUCCUUUACAGUCACCACGAGAGACCUGACUUUCCUGAACUAAUGAUAUGGUUCAACAAUGUAUGUUGGCAGCUUGGACAAAAAAAAUUGGAUACAGGAACUGAGCAGGAAGCAGAGAUUAUCGAUUUAGGCAAUCUUUCUUUGCCUCAUCUUUGCUAAGCCUAUACAAUUGUUCUGCCUUCAGCUACGGAAAAUGAACACGGAAACAGACCAGAGCGACUGGCGUCUCCUCAUUUAUACUUAAUGGAUGGGACAGAUACAGGAAAUUCCUCUGGAUUAUAUUUUUGGAAUUCUUUUAAAAAAACCUCUCCAUUGAAACUCCAUUAAACUGGUGGCAGAGGUGAGCGGAAGCUUGAAAUAAAUGUUUAUAAUUAUAUAUUUCUAUUAAAUUCAUUAGAAAUAAAAACUGAUCCACCUCUAUAUUUCUGCAUAUGUUAUCCAAAUGCAUUUCACCUUUCUCUAGGUAUUUUCACCUAAUUUUCAAGAUGCAUUGCCUGGCACCUCUGUUGGUUUUGAAGACAACUGUUAUAAAAUCUGAAAUACUUCCUUUCCUCAAAGGACCGCUUCUCUGGGCUAGAAAUUCUCCCCCACAGGGCAAAGUUGUUGAGUGCUCCGCAGAUGAAUUUGAUUUAAAAUCUCCACAGCAAAGCACAGGCAGGUCAUAAAGAAAUACAGCAUGGAAACAGGCCUUUGGCUCACCACAUGUCUGACAGUUAUUAACACCAACUCACACUAAUUGCAGGUCAUCUGUGCAUUUGGUGUGAAAUUAGAUACAUAAUUGGAAAUUGCUCUGUAAAAUUCUUUUCCAGAUUGAAGACCCUCUGACAUGGCUAAUUACAAGUGGCAGAGCCAGCACCGCAAUGGCCUUUUUAUGUACUUAACCUUUGAGUCUUGUGUAUUGAUAGAACUAAUACCAAACUGUCACUUUUCCCUGUAGUGAAGAAUUUCUAAGCCAGUAUCUUUUGAUCGAGAGGUCAAGCAGGCUCAUUUACCUGCCGUAAUUAGCAGGUUUAAUAUGGAAAAGAACAAUUCUUCUGAUAGGGAGAUAUAUAGUUUUGAGGGAGACCAUGUCAUGUUUGGCCAUUCAUAUUUAUAAAAAUAUGUUUAAUAUUUUUAAUUCUAAACAUAAUUAAGAGUGACACCUUUGGUUGGUAAUUCCCCGUCAAACUGGCAACUGUGAAUUGGGUCUGUAAGUUAAGUGACUGCAGUAGUAUUGUGCUAAUAUCAAGCUUAUUCUGAAUGGAGUAAUACUUUGGUUCUUGAAGUGUGACAGGCUGGUUAUGAAAUUUCUGCAAAACACAAUUCCUGGAUUUUCUGUAUUAGUCAAUUAAGUUAAUCUUUUAACCUGCAAAUGUAAAAAGACUUCCUUGUGUGUGUAUAUAUGUAUAUACAAAUAGAUCACAUAUUAAACUGCAUAUUUAUUUAUGAUUAGAUAGCAAUAUAUUUGAAUCUUUAGUCAGUGUUAUAGACAAUAGGUGUAGAAGUAGACCAUUUGGCCCUUCAAGCCUGCACCACCAUUUUGAGAUCAUGGCUGAUCAUCUACUAUCAAUACCCGGUUCCUGCCUUGUCCCCAUAUCCCUUGAUUCCCCUAUCCAUGAGAUACCUAUCUAGCUCUUUCUUGAAAGCAUCCAGAGAAUUGGCCUCCACUGCCUUCUGAGGCAGUGCAUUCCAGACCCCCACAACUCUCUGGGAGAAGAAGUUUUUCCUUUACUCUGUCCUAAAUGACCUACCCCUUAUUCUCAAACCAUGCCCUCUGGUACUGGACUCUCCCAGCAUCUGGAACAUAUUUCCUGCCUCUAUCUUGUCCAAUCUCUUAAUAAUCUUAUAUGUUGCCAUCAGAUCCCCUCUCAAUCUCCUUAAUUCCAGUGUGUACAAGCCCAGUCUCCCUAACCUCUCUGCAUAAGACAGUCCAGACAUCCCAGGAAUGAACCUCGUGAAUCUACGCUGCACUUCCUCUACAGCCAGGAUAUCCUUCCUUAACCCUGGAGACCAAAACUGUACACAAUACUCCAGGUGUGGUCUCACCAGGGCCCUGUACAAAUGCAAGAGGAUUUCCUUGCUCUUGUACUCAAUUCCCUUUGUAAUGAAGGCCAACAUUCCAUUAGCCUUCUUCACUGCCUGCUACACUUGCUCAUUCACCUUCAGUGACUGAUGAACAAGGACUCCUAGAUCUCUUUGUAUUUCUCCCUUACCUAACAUUACACCGUUCAGAUAAUAAUCUGCCUUCCUGUUCUUACUCCCAAAGUGAAUAACCUCACACUUAUUCACAUUAAACGUCAUCUGCCAAUUAUUUCCCCACUCACUCAGCCUAUCCAAGUCACCCUGAAUUCUCCUAACAUCCUCAUCACAUUUCACACUGCCACCCAGCUUAGUAUCAUCAGCAAAUUUGCUGAUGUUAUUCUCAAUUCCUUCAUCUAAAUCGUUGACAUAAACGUAAACAGCUGUGGUCCCAAUACCGAGCCCUGUGGCACCCCACUAGUCACCACCUGCCAUUCCGAGAAAUACCCAUUCAACGCUACCCUUUGCUUUCUAUCUGCCAACCAGUUUUCUAUCCAUGUCAAUGACAUCCCCCCCAAUGCCAUGAGCUUUGAUUUUACCCACUAAUCUUCUAUGUGGGACCUUAUCAAAUGCCUUCUAAAAAUCGAGGUACACUACAUCCACUGGAUCUCCCUUGUCUAACUUCCUGGUUACAUCCUCGAAAAACUCCAAUAGAUUAGUCAAGCAUGAUUUACCCUCGGUAAAUCCAUGCUGGCUCGGCCCAAUCCUAUCACUGCUAUCUAGAUAUGCCACUAUUUCAUCUUUAAUAAUGGACUCUAGCAUCUUCCCCACUACUGAUGUUAGGCUGACAGGACGAUAGUUCUCUGUUUUCUCCCUCCCUCCUUUCUUAAAAAGUGGGAUAACAUUAGCCAUUCUCCAAUCCUCAGGAACUGAUCCUGAAUCUAAGGAACAUUGGAAAAUGAUUACCAAUGCAUCCGCAAUUUCCAGGACCACCUCCUUUAGUACCCUAGGAUGCAAACCAUCUGGACCUGGGGAUUUGUCAGCCUUCAGUCCCAUCAGUCUAGUCAUCACUGUUUCCUUCCUAAUGUCAAUCUGUUUCAUUUCCUCUGUUACCCUAUGUCCUUGGCCCAUCCAUACAUCUGGGAGAUUGCUUGUGUCUUCCUUAGUGAAGACAGAUCUAAAGUACUUAUUAAAUUCUUCUGCCAUUUCUCUGUUUCCCAUAACAAUUUCACCCAAUUCAUUCUUCAAGGGCCCAACAUUGUUCUUAACUAUCUUCUUUCUCUUCACAUACCUGAAAAAGCUUUUGCUAUCCUUCUUUAUAUUCCUGGCUAGUUUGCGUUUGUAUCUCAUUUUUUUCUCCCCGUAUUGCCUUUUUAGUUAAGUUCUGUUGUUCCUUAAAAAUUUCCCAAUCAUCAGUCCUCCCACUCACCUUAGAUCUGUUAUAGUUACUUUCUUUUAAUGCUAUGCAAUCUCUGACUUCCUUUGUCAACUACUGUGGCCCCUUUCCCCCUUUUGAAUCCUUCCUUUUCCAGGGGAUGAACUGAUUUUGUACCUUGUGCAUUAUUCCCAAGAAUACCUGCCAUUGCUGUUCCAGUCUUUUCUGCUAGGAUAUCCGUCCAGUUAACUUUGGCCAGCUCCUCCCUCAUGGCUCCAUAGUCUCAUUUGUGCAACACUGACACCUCCGAUCUGCCCUUAUCCUUCUCAAAUUACAGAUAAAAACUUAUCAUAUUAUGGUCACUACCCCCUAAUGGCUCCUUCAAGAUUGCUUAUCAAAUCCUGUUCAUUACAUAACACUAAAUCCAGAAUAGCCUUGUCCCUGGUCAGCUCUCGUACAAGCUGUUCCAAGAAUGCAUCACUUAGGCACUCUACAAACUCCCUAUCCUGGGGUCCAGCACCAACCUGAUUCUCCCAGUUCACCUGCAUGUUGAAAUCCCCCAUAACUACUGCGACAUUACCUUUGCCACAUGCCAAUGUUAACUCCCUAUUCAACUUGCACCCAAUAUCCAUGCUACUGUUUGGUGGCCUGUAGACAACACCCAUUAGGGUCCUUUUGCCCUUACUGUUCCUCAAUUCUAUCCACUCAGACUCCACUUCUCCUGAUCCUAUGUCCCCCCUUGCAAAGGACUGAAUCUCAUUCCUCACCAACAGGGCCACCCCACCCCCUCUGCCCACAUUUCUGUCCCUACGAUAGCACUUAUACCCUUGUACAUUAAUUUCCCAGGUCUGAUCCCCCUGCAGCCAUGUCUCCGUUAUCCCAACAAAAUCAUAGUUACUCAUUUGCACCUGAGCUUCAAGCUCACCUGCCUUAUUUCUAACACUUUGUGCAUUCAGAUAUAGAAUUUUUAGCCCAUUUCUUCUCUCUCUGUUUGAAUCUCUGCCUAUUGUGCUUAACCCAGCUCCCCGAACUCCCAUCGAGCUAUACGCCCCUAGAAUUUUGUUGUCCUUCCUAAAUUUACCUAUUUUUUCUGCACAUUUAACUCCCAUGUUCUGUCAGGCCUGUACGUGUCCUCCCUAUCACUUGUUCCGCCUCUCCUUUCUCUACUACACAAUUAAUAUUCCAGAACCGUGUAGUCCCCACCUGUCCUUUAUUCUUCAUCUCGCUAUCCUCUCUCUCAUUCUGGAUCCCCGCCCCCUGCAAAUUUAGUUUAAACCCCCCCCAAGAAGCACUAGCAAACUAUAACAUGCACCAUUUUAGAAGAGCUUAGUCAUGUGGGACAAGACUAUUAUUUUCAUACAGUCACCUACGCCAAGAUGAGGAACUGUGAUCCCUGGGGAAAGUGCAAAUUGUAGAUAAUGACCAGAUUGAUUACGGGUGGUGUAGUUGGAGUCAGUUGGUGCCAGGACAAAAUUAUUGUAAAUUAACUCCAGAUUUCUGAAUGCUGAGGGAGAUUUAAGAUUGAGGUGUCUCAUCAUAUCUGAGAAAUUUUCCAGAGUAAAUUGUAUCCAAAAAUUGUAAAUUGUAUUCCAUAUUCAAUUAGAGGAUGAAAGGGUUGGAUCUCAAACAAGCGUACUGAGCUUAAAUAAAGGAGACUAUGAUGGUAUGAGAGCGGAAUUGCUUAAGAUGGAUUGGGAAAAUAGAUUAAAGGGUAGAUCGGUACUUGAUCAGUGGUGUAUAUUUAAGGAGUUAUUUUACAACUAUCAAGAAAAAUAUAUUCCACUGAAGAAAAAAGGGUGUAAAAGAAAAAAUAGUUAUCCAUGGCUAAGUAAAGAAAUAAAGCAAAGUAUACGACUAAAAAGAAAGUUAUAUAAAGUAGCUAAAUCUAGUGGGAAGAUUGAAGAUCGAGAAGCUUUUAAAGAUCAGCAGCAAAUAACAAAAAGACUGAUUAAGAAGGGGAAGAUAGAUUAUGAAAGUAAAUUGGCGAAAAACAUAAAAGCAGAUAGUAAGAGUUUUUAUAGUUACAUAAAAGGGUGGCUAAAGUAAAUGUUGGUCCCCUAGAAGAUGAGACCGGGAAAUUAAUGGUAGGGGACAUGGAGAUGGCGGAAACGCUGAACAAAUAUUUUGUAUCAGUUUUUACAGUAGAGGACACUCAAAAUAUCCCAACACUGGAUAAACAGGGGGCUCUAGGGGGAAAGAAGCUAACUACGAUUCAAAUCACCAAGGAAAUGGUACUUGACAAAUUAAUGGGACUGAAGGUGGAUAAAUCCCCUGGACCGGAUGGCUUGCAUCUUAGGGUCUUAAGGGAAGUGGUGGUCGGGAUUGUGGUGAUAAUUUUUCAAAACUUGCUGGACUCGGCAAUGGUCCCGGCAGAUUGGAAAAAUGCUAAUGUAACUCCUUUAUUUAAAAAGGGCAAUAGACAGAAGGCUGGGAAUUAUAGGCCAGUUAGCCUAACAUCUGUGGUUGGCAAAAUGUUGGAAUCGAUAAUUAACAGUAACAGGGCAUUUGGAUAAACAUAGCUUAAUAGGUCAAAGUCAGCAUGGCUUUACAAAAGGGAAGUCAUAUUUGACAAAUUUGUUGGAGUUCUUUGAGGACAUAACAUAUAGGGUAGAUAAAGGGGAGCCAGUGUAUGUGGUGUAUUUGGACUUCCAAAAGGCAUUUGACAAGGUGCGACACCAAAGAUUAAUACUUAAAGUAGAAAAUCGUGGGAUUGGGGGUAAUAUUCUGGCAUGGGUGGAGGAUUGGCUUUCUAACAGAAAACAGAGAGUUGGGAUAAAUGGCUUAUUCUUAGACUGGCAGUUGGUGACUAGUGGUGUUCCGCAGGGGUCGGUGUUGGGACCCCAACUCAUUACAAUCUAUGUUAAUGAUCUGGAGAAAGGGACUAAGUGCAACGUAUCGAAGUUUGCUGAUGACACAAAGAUGGGAGGGAAUGUAAUAAGUGCGGAGGACAUUGAAACCCUGCAGGGGGACAUAGAUAGGCUGAGUGAUUGGGCAGACAUUUGGCAGAUGAAAUAUAAUACUGACAAGCGUGAGGUCUUGCACUUUGGCAGGAAAAAUAAUAGAGCAAGUUAUUAUCUAAAUGGAGAGAAACUGAAAAGUGCUUCUGUGCAAAGGGAUCUGGGGGUCCUGGUGCAGGAAACACAAAAAGUUAGUAUGCAAGUGCAGCAGGUGGUCAAGAAGGCCAAUGGAAUGCUGGCUUUUAUUGCUAGGGGGAUGGAGUAUAAGAACAGGGAGGUCUUACUGCAGUUGUACCGGGUAUUGGUGAGACCACACCUGGAGUACUGCGUGCAGUUCUGGUGUCCAUAUUUAAGAAAGGACAUACUGGCUCUCGAGGCAGUGCAGAGAAGGUUCACUAGGUUAAUUCCGGGGAUGGGUGGGUUGAUGUAUGAUGAGAGGUUGAGUAGAUUGGGACUCUACUCAUUGGAGUUCCGAAGAAUGAGAGGCGAUCUUAUUGAAACAUAUAAGAUUGUAAAGGGGCUCGAUCGGGUGCAUGCGGGGAGAAUGUUCCCAAUGAUGGGUGAAACUAGGACUAGGGGGCAUAAUCUUGAGAUAAGGGGAUGCUGUUCCAGGACUGAGAUGAGGAGAAAUUUCUUCACUCAGAGGGUAGUGGGGCUGUGGAAUUUACUGGCCCAGAGAGCUGUGGAAGCUACUACACUCAAUAAAUUCAAAACGGAGAUAGACAUUUUCCUGGAUAAAAAUGGCAUUAAGGGAUACGGUGAGCGAGCAGGUAAGUGGACAUGAGGCUAGGUUUAGAUCAGCCAUGUGAUCUCCUGGGCCAGUUUUUGAUAGCCUGGAUGGGUCGGAGAGGAAUUUUCCAGAUUUUUUCUCCUCAAUUGGCAAAUCGUUCUUUUUCCCCUGGCUGAUCGCAUGGGUUUGGGCGGGAUGAAUAAUAAAAUAAAAUGGACGGCAUGGUGCCCUGUUGCCUUGUGGGAUUCGGUGAUAACUAGACUUAAGAUUGGACCAGCCAUGAUCUUGUUGAAUGGCAGAGCAGGCUUGAGGGGCCGAUUGGCCUACUCCUGCUCCUAUCUCUUAUGUUCUUAUGUUCAAUGAAUAUCUUUGCAGCCAUUGUUAUUUCUGUAAACUUGGCAAUCACAUAAAACAGGCUCCCAUAAAAGAGUUAGCAAAUGGUCAACUGCCUUAGAAUUGGUUGUUGAGGGAAGUUGAUGUGGGAAUUAAGCUGCUAUAAAGUUAAUUCUGUGUGUGAAAACACCAAUCAGCAACCAUCAAGCAUUCCAUUGCUGACAGUGUAACAGAUAUAAAUACCAGUGCAAUGUAACUACCAAUGUCUUUUUGAUCAACAUGCAAACCUGUGGGGCUGCUGCAAAUAGCAUUUUACCCAAAACAAAGCCACACCACUCAUUAUUAGCAAAAUGUUUUCAGACAAGAUGAUUUUGGUUUACAGAUGUGGAACCGAGAUCAAAUGGUCACAUAGAACACAAUACGAGAUAGCGUGGCAGCUUGGCCCACACUUGGAAGUAUUGUGUUCAGUUCUGGUCACCACAUUAUAGGAAGGAUGUGGAAGCUUUAGAGAGGACACAGGAGAUUUAACAGGAUGCUGCCUGGAUUAAACAGCAGAGAAACAGGCCCUUUGGCCCAUGAUAUUAUUCAAACUAAUUAAACUAGUAAUUGCCAUGGUAGUGUAGUGGUUAAUAUGAUGUUAUUUCAGCUCAAAGCUUCAGAGUGCAACCUGGGCAUCCUCUGUAGGGACUUUGUACUUCCUCCAUGUGGAAUGCAUGGAUUUUCCUUGGGUCCUCCAGUUUACCCCCACGGUCCAAAGAUGUUCCAUUGUAAACUGCCCUGUGAUUAGGCUAGUGCUAAAUUGUGGUUGCUGGGUAGUGCAACUUGAAGGACCAGAAGGGCCUCUACUGUGCUGUAUCUCUAAAUAAAUAAAAUUAACACUGAACUAAUCUCAUAAUCUUAUACAUUUCUAUCAAGUCUCCCCUCAGCCUCCACUGAUACAGAGAAAACAGCCCCCUAGUUUGCCCAGCCUAACACUGCAAAAAAAUGGUACUAAUGACAUGCAAGGUCUGCACAAUUGCUUGCCAGCACUGCUAGGGAGAGAAUUCAUUCUUUGCUUUUAAAGUAGAUGGGAAGCUGUUGGUCAACGUCUGGGAAGCAAAUUCACAAGUGUGAACAGGACAAAUUAUAGGAAAGAAAAUGGCCAACUCGUGUGCAUUCCAAGGGAGCUGAACCAUUAACUCAAUUUUCUCAUUUCAGAAUCAAAAUCAGGUUUAAGAUCAAUGGCAAAUAUCAUGAAAUUUGUUAACUUUGUGGCAACUGUACAAUGCAAUACAUGAUAUAGAAAAAAAGUUGAAAUAUAUAUAUGUAUAUUAAAUAGUUGAGAUAUGUAGUGCAAAAACAGAAAUUAAAAAGAAAGUAGUGGAGUAGUGUUCAUAGGUUCAAUGUCCAUUCAGAAAUUAGAUGUCUGAAGGGAAGAAGCUGAAUCGCUGAGUGUGUGCCUUCAGGCUUCUGUCCCUCCUUCCUGAUUGUAAGAAUGAGAAGAGGGCAUGUCCUGGGUGGCAGGGGUCCUUGGUGAUGGAAGCUGCUUUCCACUGCUAAUGAAGGUAUCUUGAAUACUCCAGAGGAUAGUACAAAUGAAGCUGACUAAUCUUACAACUCUGUGCAGCUUGCUUCGAUCCUGUGCAGUACUGCCCCCCACUGACUGAUGCAGCCAGUCAGCGUACUCUGCACCAUACAUCUGAAGAGAUUUUGGAGUGCUUUCGCUGAUGAACCAAAUCUCCUCAACCUAGUUGCUGUCUUGCCUUUAUAGCUGCAUUGAUCUGCUGGCUCCA